AUGGCACGAUCUCCUUUGAAAGAGACCGAUACUAAUCUGCAACAAAGACCGACGGCACACGUCAUUGAGGAUGGCAUUAUUCGGGGCGGUGUAACCACCAAGAAGAGGACUCUGGAGAGGAUUGAGCUUCAAGAACGUAAGAAAAGUAAGGCGGAACGUGCAAGGUCGAUUGAGGGCGCCGUGAAGGUUAGUAAGAGCACGGCAGUGAGGAAUAUAGAGCCCAAAGUGACUCCAAGCGAGCUGUUGGAAUGGCAGAAUAAUUGGAAACGAAUUAUGAAGCGAGAGUCUCGCAUAUAUUUUGACAGCGCCGAGGAGAAUGAGUCCGGAAAGCAGAAGGGCAAGAUGGACAGGAAAAGAGAGCUGUUGAAGAGCGGGUUUCUGUCGUUGGGCGCCCAGAUUACUCAAUUCUUCGAUUGCACGGUGACUAUAGUUAUAACCAGGCGACCUCUGGAGAACAUACAUCUUUUGCCUGAAUCGGACAUCCUGUCCAGAGCCAAGAAGGGCUAUAUGAAGGUUUGGGGUUACGAGAAAGCAUUCAGGUUUCUCAAGAACUUGGACGUGGACCUCGAUAAUUUAGAGAGCAAAAAGGGUGAUCUGGGUGCACCAAGCUUGUCGAACUUGCUUCAGAGCGAAAAGCUGUACGGUCCCACAGACAGGGAUCCGAGGACGCGUAGGGAUGAUAUCCAUUAUUUCAAGUACGCCUACGUCUAUAUGUUCGACUUAUGGCAAACAUGGGCGCCUAUAAUAGCACUGGAGUGGAAACCGCAAGAGUUGAAGGAGACAAAGAAGCUGCCAUAUCCGGUCUUGAAGAUAGGCACUUUUGGGAGGUGUCCUUUUAUAGGUGAUGCUUCAUGCGACGAGAGUUCGUACAGAAGAGUUAUGAAAAGGUAUGCUCGUGAUAAAGCGAACAAGAGUUACGCUCUCAAGUUACGUCGAUUGUACCAGUUCAACGCUCAACCUUGUGCACGACAGCAGGAUUUGAUCUUCAUACCUCACACCUGUUUGGACUCUAAACGUUGUUUCGAGAAAUGGAAGAAAAGUAUUGCUGAAGGGCCGAAGGAGGAGUCGUCGACGUCAGAUGUCCCUCUCAGGAAAGAAUCACCGCACUUCAUGGAAAGCCGACAAGAACCCUCGGAAAAGACACUGGAGCUGAAGCAAGACACGAGGAAGGGUGCGUUAACAAUGAUGGGACUAUCCAGAGAAGAGACAGAAGAAUUUCCUGAUGACUUGUGUCAAAGUAACAAGAAGAAAUCAAGGAUUAGCCAGGAGAUCAAGGCAAGCGGGGUACACCAAUCUAAUGACGUGGCAACUUCCUUUGGAAACGGUCUCGGACCAACGACUGCUAGUGUGAUGAACAAAAACUUGAAAACGCUGAGCAGAUUGGUUGUCGAUAGAAGACUAGGUGCGAAAACUAACCAUGCCGCGCCUUGUCUGGCCCCGCCCCAGGCAAACGCGUCACCAUCACAGAUGCAGUUGAGCAAUGCAAAUGAUGAGCAAGUUUCAGCUAGGAAGAAGAAGAAAAUAGAAGUGUUGGCGCCAGCAAACGCGCCGCAGACCGUCAAGAAAGAAGCUGUGAAAAAUGCUGGGUACUGUGAAAAUUGCAGGGUCAAAUAUGAGCAUUUAGAUGAUCACAUUACCACAGAAAAGCACCAAACAUUUGCGCAAAACGACUACAAUUUCGAACUGAUUGACUCGUUAAUUGAAAAACUCAAAUUUCAAUUUUAA